CCACAGGACAUUGUAUUCAGUGUAAACUACAGAGCCAAUGACCAAAUCAGUGUGACGGAAGCAGAGGAAAUUGUGGCCCCUUGUAAAUGUGAUUCUCAUAUACGGACUGUGAAGGGCGAGCUAACAGCUAAAAAAGCUGGAAUUUACACACUCAUUUUUGACAACACAUACUCUAGGUAA